AUGCAGGAAGCAAACCAUAACAAAAUUUUGGACCAGUUAAAGGACGAAAUUAAAGAAAAUUCCAAGCUUUCUCCAUUCAGUGAAGUUUUGGAUGACAAAUUUCUUAUUGGAUUCCUUCGUGGGAAGAAGUAUAAGGUUGAUGAUACCAUCAAAUGUUUGGAACAUUUCAUUCGAAUGAGAUGCGUAAAGUACAAGUAUAUCAUAAAUUCCUUCAGCCCGUCAACCGCAAUUAUGGUGAACAAGGGAGUCUUCAACAUUUUAAAAGAGAAGGAUCCCCUUGGACGGGUUGUUGGUGUUGCACAUGUCAAUGCGUGGGAUACGUCCCAAGUGUCAAUCGAGGAUGCGAUCGCGACAACCGUGUUCUUCAUGGACGAAGGGAUUCGAAGCGUUUUUCCCACCUGUAACGAAAUCGUUCUCAUAUUCGAUUUAAAGGGAUUUUCUUUCGAUCAGGCGAGAAGAUUGACACCGAGAAUGUGUAUUCUUGCGAUUGAAAUGUUCUUUAAAUGUCUUCCAUGUCGGCCGAAGGCGAUGCAUUUGGUCAACGAAAAUCUCCUGUUACACGGCGUCCUCCGCUUUUUUAAACCAUUGUUGGACAAAAAAUUACAGGACAGAAUUUACAUUCAUUCAAACCAUCUUGACCGACUUCAUGAGCACGUGCCACCAGCAAUUCUGCCGGAAUGUUUAGGUGGCAUGCUAUCUAAGGAAGAAUCAUACGAUAGAGAAAUCGUUACCUUGAUAAAAGAUCAAGAUGCCAUUAAUUCCGAUGACUCCCUCAGCUACAUAACUGACCCCGAUUCCGUCUCAGUCUACGAGGUAAAUUCCGUAUCUGCCUCGACCAGUCAGCUCAUCCAAAAUGACGAUGUCACCGAUAAGAACAAAAGAACUUAUGAUGAAGAGAACUUGUCCAGGAGUACGGCUUCUUCCACGGGGAAUGGAUUAUGGAAGAGGUUUCGAGGCGUGAUUUGCAUUCUUCUCGGUUCCGUUCUGUUUUCAAUGGUUACAUUGUUUGUCAAAAUGUUGGCCGAGAUGGGAGUGGAACCUUAUGAAGCGUCGUUCUGGAGGUAG